AUGCCAUGUGAUGCCUUCUCCGGAAGAUGUGAGGGAGACUGUGAGGAUGGUUGGUCAGGAGAAGGGUGUCAAGACAUUGACGACUGUGAUCCUAAUCCCUGUUCGAAUGGUGGAUCAUGUACCAAUCGUGUCGGCUCUCAUACAUGUAGUUGUGCUGCUGGUUAUACUGGAAUGAAUUGCUCAAGAGACAUUGACGACUGUGAUCCUAAUCCCUGUUCGAAUGGUGGAUCAUGUACCAAUCGUGUCGGCUCUCAUACAUGUAGUUGUGCUGCUGGUUAUACUGGAAUGAAUUGCUCAACAGACAUUGACGACUGUGAUCCAAAUCCCUGUUUGAAUGGUGGAUCAUGUACAGAUCGUGUCGGCUCUCAUACAUGUAGUUGUGCUACUGGUUAUACUCGAAUGAAUUGCUCAACAGACAUUGACGACUGUGAUCCUAAUCCCUGUUUGAAUGGUGGAUCAUGUGCAGAUCGUGUCGGCUCUCAUACAUGUAGUUGUGCUACUGGUUAUACUGGAAUGAAUUGCUCAACAGACAUUGACGACUGUGAUCCUAAUCCCUGUUUGAAUGGUGGAUCAUGUACAGAUCGUGUCGGCUCUCAUACAUGUAGUUGUGCUACUGGUUAUACUGGAAUGAAUUGCUCAACAGACAUUGACGACUGUGAUCCUAAUCCCUGUUUGAAUGGUGGAUCAUGUGCAGAUCGUGUCGGCUCUCAUACAUGUAGUUGUGCUACUGGUUAUACUGGAAUGAAUUGCUCAACAGUGGCUUUCAUCCAGUGUCUUUUUCAACACAAAUUCAAAUUUUCCAUUGUAGACAUUGACGACUGUGAUCCUAAUCCCUGUUCGAAUGGUGGAUCAUGUACAGAUCGUGUCGGCUCUCAUACAUGUAAUUGUACUGCUGGUUAUACUGGAAUGAAUUGCUCAACAGACAUUGACGACUGUGAUCCUAAUCCCUGUUUGAAUGGUGGAUCAUGUACAGAUCGUGUCGGCUCUCAUACAUGUAGUUGUGCUACUGGUUAUACUCGAAUGAAUUGCUCAACAGACAUUGACGACUGUGAUCCUAAUCCCUGUUCGAAUGGUGGAUCAUGUACAGAUCGUGUCGGCUCUCAUACAUGUAGUUGUGCUGCUGGUUUUACUGGAAUGAAUUGCUCAACAGACAUUGACGACUGUGAUCCUAAUCCCUGUUCGAAUGGUGGAUCAUGUACAGAUCGAGUCGGCUCUCAUACAUGUAAUUGUACUGAUGGUUAUACUGGAAUGAAUUGCUCAACAGACAUUGACGACUGUGAUCCUAAUCCCUGUUCGAAUGGUGGAGCAUGUACAGAUCGUGUCGGCUCUCAUACAUGUAAUUGUACUGAUGGUUAUACUGGAAUGAAUUGCUCAACAGACAUUGACGACUGUGAUCCUAAUCCCUGUUCGAAUGGUGGAGCAUGUACAGAUCGUGUCGGCUCUCAUACAUGUAAUUGUACUGAUGGUUAUACUGGAAUGAAUUGCUCAACAGACAUUGACGACUGUGAUCCUAAUCCCUGUUCGAAUGGUGGAACAUGUACAUAUGGUGUCAGCUCUUAUACAUGUUACUGUGGUACUGAUUGGACUGGAACGAGCUGUGGUAACUAA